AUAUAGAAUACAAAAAUCUCCUUGCAUCCCAGAGCUUAUCUUCCAAAUCUCAAACACCCUUUUCUGCAGAGAAAAAGAUGAUCACAACUCAUCCACAAUAUCUGCCUUACCUUUCAUUACUCCUCGUGCUCUUAUUUCCACAGCUUUUCCAAACAUCAAACGCCGACGUUGGCACUGCUGCUCAGUAUGCUCCCCCAUAUUUACCCACCGACUGUUAUGGAAGCGACUCGUCACAGUUUCCGUCAAGUAACUUGUUUGCGGCGGCCGGAGAUGGAAUAUGGGACAACGGAGCGUCAUGUGGGAGGCAGUACUUGGUGAGAUGCAUUAGCGCAGCUCAAACGGGGACGUGUGUUCCGGACAAGACCAUUCAGAUCAGGAUUGUGGAGUAUGCUGCCAGCGUUACUUCACAGCCUUCUGCGGCCGGCACCACCAUGGUGUUGUCGCAGACGGCUUUCGCUGCUAUUGCCAACUCAUCGGCUACUUCCGUCAACAUUGAGUUCCAACAGGUGUGAUUUAUUGGGUUUGGACUGUGUAUCAUAUAUUCAUCAACAGAAGACAGCUAGCUGGAGCCGAUCCAUGGCGCGCGGUGAAAAUGUGUUAGUUUUUUUUCUUGUCAAUGUAAUAUGUAAUUACACAUUCUAGAAAUGCUUUUGGAAUUGGCACUUGUACGUUUAUUAAUCUACAGAUAGAGAAUUUUUAUCUUCAACGAAGAAGCAGAUUAUGUCAUUUUCAUAUUUUCGUGUAUACAAAUAGAUGCGUGCACUCUAGUUGUAUGAUAUAUACUUUUCAUAGGCCUUCACGAACUGAA